GCCCCGUCCGGUUCUGAGUGGCUGUGCGCCGAGCUCUGGGAGGACAAUGUGGCGCGCAAGCUGCGGGCGCUGCUGCUAUCUCGCUGCUAACUGCUGCGUCUGCUAUGAGCUCCGGCGCUGGCGGCCGCCCCUGGAGGAAAACCAAUUCUGUGUCCACGGGGGACCACAGCCCAGUUCUGCCCCAGGCAAAACAUGGCCUGGAGCUUCCAGGCAGGACAGGCCUUCGGCACGCAGACCACCGAGGACAGGAAGGAACCCCUGCACUUGAUCAUCAGCAGCACAGAGAGCUUGCAGGGUUCUACUUCCAAACAUGAGUUUUAGGCCGAGACAAAGAAGCUUUUGGUCAUCUUUGCCCGGUCCUUCUGCUCAGAAAAAGAGACGUUUAUACGGGAGCUGAUCUCCAAUGCCAGCGAUGCCUUGGAAAAACUGCGUUACAAACUGGUGUCUGACGGCCAAGCCCUGCCAGAAAUGGAGAUUCACUUGUGGACCAAUGCCCGGAAAGGCACCAUCAUCAUCCAGGAUACUGGCAUCAGGAUGACACAGGAAGAGCUGGUGUCCAACCUGGGGACGAUCGCCAGAUCGGGGUCAAAGGCCUUCCUGGAUGCUCUGCAGAACCAGGCUGAGGCCAGCACCAAGAUCAUCGGCCAGUUUGUAGUGGGUUUCUCGGCCUUCAUGGUGGCUGAUAGAGUGGAGGUCUAUUCCCACUCGGAAUCCCCGGGGAGCCCUGGUUACCAGUGGCUUUCUGACAGCUCCAGAGGAUUUGAAAUCGUGGAAGCUUCGGGAGUUAGAACUGUUCUCACUUACACGUGGGAUCUGAAUGAUGAGAAUGCAUGGACGCAUGAAGGGGAACAACACACACUGGGGCCUUUUGGAGGCCUUUUGGAGGCCGGGAUGGAGAACAUCAGGAAAACUAGCUAAUGGAUGCUGGGCUUAAUGUCUAGGCGAUGCAACGAUCUGUGCUGCAAACCACCAUAACACUCAUUGACCUAAAUAACAAACCUGCACAUCCUCCACAUGUAACCCUGAACUUAAAAUAAAUGUUAAAGUAAAAAACUAAUAAAAUGAUGCAUGCAUAGAGAUAAAUAAUAGGUAUUCAAUACUUAUAGAAGUGGACCAUUUGUUAAGCCUUCUUAAAUCUUAGUUUGUCACCUUUAUAGUAAGUGAGAAAACAAACAAAAAAAGUUAUUAAGGGAAAUGUUUCUAGUGACUAAAAUGGCAGCAGAGGUAGAUAUUUGUUCAACAUCUUUCUUGGGCCAUGUAUUAUCCAUUAUGUUGCAGCAAAAACAACAAAAAAAAAAGAUGUCUAGUCACUGUCAACAAGGAGAAUAUAACCUAAUAAAAGAGAAACAUUUUAUAAAUUAUAGUUUUCUUCUGACAAGAUGAAUUAGAAAAGACAAAUGUAUUUACAAUCUGCUGAGAGAAAUGUGUGGCAUGGAGGGAGAGAAAACUGGAAAAAGGAACAGACAGGGUUGAAUCCGUGCCUGUUGUAGUAGGAAUAAGAACCAGCCAUGUCUUCUGCAGGUUGGAAGUUUGAAGGAAACGCAGCAAGAUAUGAAUUUCAACAAGCAUAUUUGAACUAGAUAAUGAAGAGUUUUAAAAGACACACUUUGGAAUUUGAACUUUGAUAUUUUGGCAUUUAAAAAAUUAGAAGUUU